UUUCAUGUCCUUAUCUUUCUCUUUUUAUCACCAAAUUUUUCCCCUUUUCUCUUUACCUUUCAAAUUUUCCUUCUGCAAAAACCAGUAUUUGAAUUCACUUAUUUUUGAAUUACUAUUAUUAUUUGUUGUAAGUUUGAAGUAUGAAAACAGGGGUAUCCAGAAGAUGGAUACUUGUAAACAGUAAAGGGCAGAGUAGUACAUUGGAUUUGGAUAAAUAUGCUAUUAUGAAAAGAGUUUCAAUACAUGCUAGAGAUCUUCGUAUUCUUGAUCCUCUGCUUUCUUAUCCUUCUGCAAUAUUCGGUAGAGAAAAAGCUAUUGUACUCAAUCUGGAGCAUAUCAAAGCAAUUAUUACUACAGAAGAGGUAUUGAUUCGUGACCCAAUGGAUGAUAAUGUUCUUCCUGUUGUUGAAGAACUUCAAAGAAGAUUGCCAUUGCCAGCUAUUAGCUUAGGAGAAGGUGAAGAUGAUGAUCAACCUGUUGUUAAUGGGACACGAAAUGAAAUGCAAACCGUUGAACCAACUGAGUUUCCUUUUGAAUUUCGAGCUUUAGAAGUAGCACUAGAAGGAGUAUGCAGUUAUCUUGACACUCAGACACGAGAACUAGAGACUGCUGCUUACCCGGCUUUAGAUGAGCUCACCUCCAAGAUUAGUAGUCGCAACCUGGAUAGAGUGCGCAAAUUGAAGAGUGCAAUGACUAGGUUGACUAGUCGGGUUCAAAAAGUACGUGAUGAUCUUGAACAACUUCUCGAAGAUGAUGGUGACAUGGCUGACCUUUACCUCUCAAGAAAAUUAGUUGCCGGAGUUUCAUCCCCCCUGAGUGGUCAGGUGGCACCUUACUGGUCCCCUGAUACGUCCUCAAUACGCUCAAAGUUAUUAUCCAAAGCAAGCAGGAUCAGUGGGAUAACUCAUGAGGAGACUGAUGUCGAGGAACUUGAAAUGUUGCUUGAGGCGUACUUUGUGCAAAUUGAAAGCACGAUGAACAAAUUGACAACGUUGCGCGAAUAUAUUGAUGACACUGAGGACUAUAUCAAUAUUCAGCUGGACAAUCAUCGAAAUCAGCUGAUCCAGUUGGAGCUGUUCCUGAGUUCUGGUACAGUUUGUUUGACAGUGUACUCCUUGGUGGCUGCAAUAUUUGGAAUGAAUAUUCCAGUUCCAUGGAAGAAAGACCAUGGCUACCUUUUUAAAUGGGUGGUCAUUCUUUCUGGAAUUGCUUCUGCAUCUGUUUUCCUAUCAAUAAUUGCAUAUGCUAGGCACAAGGGUCUUGUUGGAUCUUAAAUCUUAAUACUUAUUACUCCCCCGAUCUCUAUAUAUAAAUAUAAAAUACACCAGACAUGUCAACAUGUUGAAAUUUAAUUUCUAAAUUGUAACUUUUUAGAGGAUGAGGCAGAGCCAUGAUUGGAGAUAAGAUAUGCAAAAACGUUACGAUACGAACUUAUGACCUAAAACAUGCUUGUUGUGUA